AUGCCGCCGAGGAAGAAGAAGAAGAACGACAAAGACGACGGGAAAACAGACGCGCAAAGAGCCGCAGUCCUCGAGACAGACGAGGAAAUUUUGAGAGAGCGUCAAGUAUCCACGAAAAUUUAUCAGUCCGCGCUGAGCAGCAGAAUUGUCUCGUCCGCGUUGCCGUCCACCGCGGAGGUUAUUCAAACGAGGAAAAACCAGCUGUUCAAAUCGGACGCGAAAGAUAUCGCGAAGAAAGCGAACACGAGAAAGUCGAGACACAUGGUGGUAUUUCCCGGACAAUUCGCGCAGAUUAGUUUCAUGAACAACAACGCGAGUGGUGGUGGUAAUGGUGGUAACGGAGAUAAUAAUAAUAACACUACUUCUACUGCUACGAACGCGAACGCGGUGGAGUUUGGAGAACUCGCGGAUUUGGAUACGCAAAAUCCAGUUUGUUACAUCAACUUCCCGAACGGCAUCGGGAAGAUGAAACUGUACGGGACCAUAGCGAGGGCGAGAGAGUCGAGGUAUUUCACCUUGAACCUUGGAAGCGGAGGCGGCGGAUCGUCGAGGAAAGAUUCAGGGGCGAAUGCGAACGCGAAUCUCGAAGAUUUCUUCGACGGGGUGUUAAUAUUCUCCCAAUGGGCUUGGAUCGGGACGAAAGAGGAGAAUCCGGAGGAGAAGCCAUUGUUGGAGAUUCCCGAGAGCGUUUGGAAGACCAUGAAUAGCGGGAAUAAGAAGACGGCGAUUGAUUGGGAGAGGAAGAACAACAGCACGUUGGGCAAGAAAAAAGGAGGAGGAAAGAAGGGAGAUGAAAACGACGACGCGAACACCGACGCCGCCGACGAUAGCGUGAUUACGCUCGGCGACUCCGACGAAGAAGAAGGUGAAGGAGGAGGAAAAGAUAAUAAAUCAAAAGACGCCGCGGGUGGUCGAAGACCGAAACGUCAGGCAGCGGCGAAAGCGGAGAAGAAUCUCGCCGAUAACGACGGUUUAGGAAACAUUGAUUUCGAUGGAGACGACGACAGCGAUUCAGACGACGGGCACAUGACGUCGCCGCAAGCGCUCGUGAGAGGGAAAGCGACGAUAUCAAUAAUCUCGCCCAUCCAGCCGAGCAUAGCCGGGAGAGAGGUAUCGUUGCGAUCACCAGGCGGUGGAGGUAGUGGAAACGCGAAAAAGAAAUCAUCGACGGACAAAGCUGCCGCCGCGGCUGCCGCGAAGAAAAAGGCGCAACAUCAAAAGAAGAAGAAACGCGAGGAGCGAAUCGAGCUCUCGGACGCGGACGACUCGGACGACGUCAUGGACCUCAUAUCGUCGGACGAGAGCAGCGAAGACGACGAACCAAUCGCGAAGAAGGCGCGACCAGCGAGACGUUCUAGCGCAACGGCGACGAAAUACAAGGAAGAUUCGGAUUCAGAUGAUGAUGAUGCUGACGAGGAUGGAGAAUCUGAGGAGGAGGAAGAGGAAGAAGAAGAGAGCGACUUCGACGACGACUCAGAUUUCGAGUAA